AGCGACGUUGAUUGUUGGCCAAGAGGUUAUUUCAGGAAUCACAAUACAAAGAGACAACCAUUCCCUUGUUUACAAUUUUUGGUAUAUUUAUUUACGUGAGCGGCUUAUUUAUAUAAGAACACUGUUUACCGUAAUUUUGUCAGUCACAGUUGGUUCUUCACAAGCGACUUCACAGCCGAGGGAGAGAGAAAGGAAUAGUUUUGCUAACAAUACUAGUCUUGUCUUCGAAAUAAGGAAAUAAAUUGUGGAAGCCUUUGAGAAAUUUAAACAAACAAAAAAAACUAACAAAAUGAAUCGCACCGGCGUGCUCGCGGCGUUCGAUUUCGACCACACCAUUUGCGACAACAAUACCGAUGUGGUGGCGCGAAAAUUAUUGCCGGAGUGGAAGAUACCCGAAGACGUUAAGGACUUGUACAAGUCCAGCGGAUGGAUCGCUUACAUGAACAAAAUCUUCGAGCUGUUGCACGAGAAUUCCAUUGACGCGAGAACAAUCGAGAACGCAAUUGUUAACAUUCCAGCGGUGAGGGGAAUCGAGACGCUUCUCGAAUCUUUGAGCAAAAACGGUCACGAGAUCAUCAUCAUUAGCGAUUCCAAUAGCAUAUUCAUAGACCGUUGGCUGAAAAGCAAGAAGCUUGAGCACCUGGUGUCGCGCGUCUUCACCAAUCCGGCCUGGUACGACGACGACGGUAAGAUGCGAGUGGGCAUGUAUCACACGCAGCACACGUGUAAAUUGAGCAGCAUCAAUCUCUGCAAGGGUCAGAUAUUGAUGGAUUACGUUAGAGAGAGACGCGUCCAAGGCAAGUGCUUUGAGAAAAUCGUCUACGUUGGCGACGGACAAAACGAUUUCUGCCCGCUCAUGCGUCUUUUGGAAACGGACCUGGCGUGUGCGCGAAAAUGUUACGCGCUCGUCAGCAUAUUGGACUCGAUACCUUCCAACGAAUCAACAAAAGCGCAAAUCUUAUUGUGGAAUGAUGCCACGGACUUAUACUGCAAUUUGAAGCAAAUCUUAGACCUUCAUUAAAUCUUGUUUUCUUGUCAUUUGUCUUUAGUAUGUUUUGAUUCGUCGCUAAUUAACUUCUUUUUUUGUUUUAUAUUUAUUGUACUGCUGUGUGUGUACACACACACACACACACAGUCGGACUCCGCUAUUCUUGACGAGUUGGGACUACGGUAAGACCGCUAUUCCGACCAUGCCCCUUCCAUUCCUACUCUUUGGCGAUACGUGAUUCCUACGCUUGUGUGAAGUUUUGGACGCAUAGCGAAUUUACAGUAAUGGAGAAUCGGCACGAGAAAAAACGUCAAGAACAGCGACUCUGUACAGCAAAGUUCCUCAUCAACUCACGCUUCUCACAUUGUCUUUUUCUCAUUCUCUGACAAGAAUCUUGGAUAAAAAUACUGUACGUAUUAAUAAAGUAUAUUCGUUCUGCGUGAUCGUCGCGAGUUCUGAUAACAGCGGAAGUGGAGAAGCAGAAAUCGACGAUCUUGAGAAGUGAGAACCGGAGAGCUCCUAUGUAAAACUAUUCGCACAUACACAUUAUAUAUUAUUAUAUAUACACACAAACAGAAAUAAUAUUCUACUUCGACACGAAUAAACAAUAGAUGUAGACGAAUGGGUGUGUUUCUCAAAAUUGAUACGUGGAGCGAUUGAUAAGUACCCGAAACGACGCACAGAUAACUACGGUAUCGUAUUGCUAUUAAGUUUCAUUCUUCAGAUCGAAUUUCAAACGCCGACUCGUUAUUCGCGCGUGAUAUUCGUGCUCGCAGCUCGUCGAGAUAGCCAUUUACGGCAUCGAUAACUUCGUUAGUCAAAAACGUCUUUCCAUUUUUUUUUUUUCAGAUUCGAAAUAAACGGAAAUCACACACAAGGUCGUUGCGCGAGCUGGUGCGUUGUCAAAAAUCCGAGCGUCUAAUUUCGGAUAUUUAUUAAUCGACUCUCAUACAAGUACUCGUGAAAUUAUCAAAGAUUUUUUUCCGUUUCUCAAACGAGUCUUUUUUACAUUGAUGACAUGUGUGUUCAAUUCAAAUUGCAAUUUCUGUCGCGCGAUUCGCAAACACACUUUCUUGUCGAUGGUACAUAUGUAUUGUAUGUACACGUACAAAUUAUAUAAGUUGCGCGCGCAGUAACGAGCUCCUCGUCGAGGAGGUUAAGGUGAACUCGUGACGUGCGCACAGUGCUAGCAUCUUUGACAUAAAUUAUUGUCAGCUUUUUGUUAUUCUUCGCGGCUGUGUGUGAGCGACCGCGAAAAAGUGCAUUCUAUUUUGCAGUAAUAACAAAGUCGCGAAGCUGUAAAAUUAAUCUUUCCGUUGGAACCAGUGUCACUUCUGACUCGGGACACAGCCUCGCAGCUUGUGUGAUUAUCUAUACAGCGUUUCGACCAGUCGCGAUAAGCGAUACAGAGUAAGCGAACAUUCUCUUGUUAAUUGUUGUAUGGACAGACGCCCGUUAUAUAGCCGUUAAAAAAAAAAAAAAAAAAA